AUGGGUUCCUUGUCUGGACUCAUUCAAAGACCAGUGAUUGCAGCGGCUGCGGCAGCUUUAGCUUCAGUUUCUGUUGAUUUUUCUGAUAAACUCCCAUCUACUAGAUCAUCUGAUACUUGUUCUUCCUUGGAACAUUCAAGCUCAUUAUUGUCUGAUUCAGUUCAGGAUUUAAACUUUUCGUGGGAUUCUUGCAUUUUGGUUUCUAAGCUUGCAAAUUCGUCGUUCUUAACAAGGAUUCGGGUGCCUGUUCCCAAUGUUAGCUUCCCAGUUCCAGAUUUGAGCCAAACUUUUGUCCCGAAUGCUUUAGGAUUUUCUGUUGCUUCCUCUCCUUUUCUUGUUAAUUUGUAUCGGUCUGCAGAGUUGGCCAAAGGGCCAAAACCAAGUGCAUUCAAAACCACAACUAUUCCUACGUCCUCUCCUGAUAUAUUGUAUAGAUGGCAUUUGCCCGAGCUGAGUACUAUUGAUGUUUCUAGGUCUUCUGAUUGUUCGUCAGAAAAGUCUAGGACAGUAGUGGUUUUGCUAGGGUGGUUAGGAUCAAAGCAGAAACAUCUAAAGAAAUAUGCUGAGUGGUAUACUUCAAGGGGAUUCCAUGUCAUUACUUUUACUUUUCCAAUGGCUGAGAUUCUUAGUUACCAAGUUGGUGGGAAAGCGGAACAGGACAUUGACUUGCUUGUGAACCAUCUGGCUGAUUGGCUGGAAGAGGAUGGAAAGAACUUGGUUUUCCACACUUUCAGCAAUACCGGAUGGUUAACAUAUGGAGCUAUACUUGAGAAGUUUCAGAACCAGGAUCCUUCUUUGAUGGGAAGGAUUAGGGGCUGCAUUGUGGAUUCUGCCCCUGUUGCUGCCCCUGACCCUCAGGUUUGGGCUUCAGGUUUCUCUGCUGCUUUUCUGAAAAAGCGUAGUGUUUCAACAAAAGUGCAUGUGAGCUCAAAAGAGUCAGAUAUGGAGGUAUUAGUUGGCAGCAAAACACUCGUGGAACCCAAGCCUGCCAUAACUGAAUCAGCUUUAUUGGCAGUUCUGGAAAAGUUCUUUGAUGUGAUUCUGAACCUUCCUACAGUGAACAGGAGGCUCUCAGAUGUGCUAAGCUUAUUAUCAUCGGGACAACCAAGCUGUCCACAGUUAUAUAUUUAUAGCUCUGCAGAUAAAGUCAUUCCUGCAGGGUCUGUGGAAUCAUUUAUAGAGAAGCAGCGAAGAGCUGGGCAUGAGGUUAGGGCCUGCAACUUUGUGUUCACACCUCAUGUUGAUCAUUUCCGAAAUGACCCAAAACUGUAUACUAAUCAGCUCAGCCAGUUUUUAGAUGAUUAUGUGCUUACUUGUUGCAAGAAUUCUUAA